AUGGCAAAAGAUGCGGCGGCUAUACAAAAGGCGUGUCCCGAUUGCCAAGAGGUGUUUGAGGAGUCCCGUUGUAUGGCCAAUAUUGAAAAAGACCAGAGACAGAAAUAUGUGGAGGUAUGGGCACUCCUUCAAAGGUAUCGAGUGGCCCACCGCAAGUCAACUCCGUACUAUCCUAAAGGUAAUGAACAAGCAGAGGCCACUAACAAGACACUGAUCCGAAUCCUAAGUAGAACAUUGAAGGAGCAACAAAACAAAUUGGCUGAGCAGUUACCACUCGCACUAUGGGCAUACCGAACUACUACAAGGGGAGCCACAUGUGCCACCCCCUUUUCAUUGGUAUACGGCACGGAGGCAGUGUUCCCAAUUGAAAUAGUGAUUCCAUUUGGAAGUUUGGCUGAGCGAAGCCGACUGCAAUUCGACCCCCGGAUUGGAGAGCUCAAGGCACUUCUGCAGCAGAGAGAGCAGGUAAGGAGUAAGAUGAUAGUUUACCAAAGAAGGGUGGCUCGGGCCUAUAACGCCACUGUGCAUCCUCGAGCGUUUCAAGAAGGUGAUCUGGUCUUAAAGACUGCGACGCAUGUGAUGCGAAACCUGUCUGCGCCUAAGUUUACCCCCAAGUGGGAAAGCCCUUUUGAAGUCAAGGCUGCUAACCCCAGUGGAUAUUAUGACAUUGGGAGAAUGAGGAGUAACAAGGUACUGGGCACGUUUAAUGCCAAAUGGUUGAAGAAGUACUACUCUUGA